CGGUAAUGCACACCACAAGGUUGCUUGCCAACCGCCACAAAAAAACAAAAGAAGAAGAAGAACAUGAUGUGACUUGUUUUCGUUUGGAAGAAACAAUUCAGCAUCGAAGGACUAACGACUGAAAUAUUGGUGUGUCAAAAUGACAAAACGAAAACCUGGAAAACGAUGGAGAAGAACUGGUAAAGAAGUCGACUCAAAUAAACAAUCAAGAAGGACUGUACAAUUGUCAUCCCGUCCUGCAGCCACCAAUGUGAAUGUGGAGACUGAUGAGCAAUGUCUAAAGUUUUUUGGUUCCUCUUCUUUGUGUCAGGAGGUAGCAGCAGGGGAACACUGCAGGUUGCAGUGCCUCCUGAAGGAGCCCAAAACACUGCUCUUCAAAUGGAACACAUCCAACCUCCAGGUGUCCAUGCAGGAUGUACCACUCUGGAACAUCAAGCCUCUCCCUACCUGCCAGCACAAGAAAAUAUUUCUACUUUUGACUCUAUCAAAGACAAUGGAAAACCAUUUUCCAGAUCAGCCCUCAUAGAUCCUCCUGAUGGCCUAACAACUGAACUACAUGUCGAUGCUGAGUAUGAUCCAUCUCAAUCAUUUGAGGAAUCACUCCCUGAUAUGGGGGAUUGGAUGUACAAUGACGGACAUACGUUUAAUGAAGGAUUUAUAGAUAGUUUGAGUGAGGUGUGUGCAGAAGAGUCAAAUUUCAAGGACACAACAGACAAACCAAUAUAUGACAAUGCAUCAGUAACCGUGGCAGAGUGCCUUCUGAUCAUCAUGGGUUAUGUAAACUGUCAUAAAGUCACUGAUAAGGCCCUAAGCGAUUUGCUGAAAAUGUUCAAGUUGCUUUGUCCCGAUAGUCUGAAUACAGACUGCUUAAAGUGUGCAGAAGUUCAAAAACUUUUUUUUAUCCCGCUCUGCAUCAUCGCCUAUUUUAUUACAUAAAUACUGCAGUAAUUGUUUUGGGCCGUUAGAAAGUAAACAAAUAAAAUGCCUGUCUUGUGGGGCCAGUGUGUCAGAAGAAAGAUCCUCAUCCUUUAUAGAGGUUCCAAUUAAGGCUCAAAUAAGGUCAUUGUUCCUCAAGCCAGGUUUUCAGGAGAAGCUUAACUUUAGAUUAAGCAGAAAGAAGGCAGAUGCUAACAACAUUGAAGAUAUAUAUGAUGCAGAAGUUUACAAACAGCUUGUCGAUAGCGGUGGUCCUCUUAGUGACCCUAAAAACAUCUCACUUACUUGGAACACCGAUGGGGUACCUAUUUUCAAAUCAUCCAAGUUUUCAGUGUGGCCUUUUUAUUGUAUCAUCAAUGAAUUGAGCUUCAUGGAACGCACACAAAGAGAGAAUAUAUUUGCUGGACUUUGGUAUGGGGAUUCAAAACCAUCCAUGGUUACAUUUUUGAGACCACUAAGUGACACACUGAGUAAGCUUGCAGACGAUGGAAUUAUUGUGCAACCUGCAGAGUUGACAUCGGAACCUUUUGUGUGUAAAGUGCUCACCAUUGCUGGAACAUGCGACUUGCCUGCUAAAGCAUUAGUCCUUAAUUCAGUGCAAUACAAUGGGAAAUUUGGAUGUCAUAAAUGCAAACAGCCAGGAAAGACUGUGAAAACCGGGGAAAGAGGACACGCCCAUGUAUUUCCAUUCCAACAUAGAGAUCCAAAGGGGCCACUGCGCACCAAUGAAAAGUUUGUACUGGAUAUGAAAAUCGCAAAUGAAACCAAAACCAUUGUCAAAGGGGUAAAGGGUCCCUGUUGCCUGAGCAAACUUAAAAUGUAUAACCUUAUCAAAGGCACUGCCGUAGAUUACAUGCACUCAGUCCUCCUCGGAGUAAUGCGCCUUUUGAUGGUGUUGUGGUUUUCUACAGAGUUUUCUCGUCAGCCCUUCAGCAUGGCAAAGAAUACCAAAGAAAUUGACAGGCGAUUUCAGGAAGUCUGUCCUCCAUCCUCAACUAGAUAUCCUCGAUCAGUGGCAUCUCACAGAAUGUUUUUUAAAGCAUCAGAAUACCGGGAUAUUUUGCUGUUCUAUGGACCAGUUAUCUUCCGUGGAAUUCUUGCAACAAUGUACUACAACCACUUCCUCCUACUAAGUGAAGCCAUUUUCAUUUUGUUGAUGGAAUCUAUAUCGGUUGAACAAAUCCAUCAUGCUGAAAAACUAUUGUGGAAUUUUUGUUCUCAAAUGGCUACACUCUAUGGUGAGCGGUACGAAACUGCAAAUGUACAACUUCUCGUGCACCUGGCAGACAGUGUCAGGGACCUUGGUCCAUUAUGGACUCAUUCAUGUUUCCACUUUGAAGACAAAAAUGGAUAUUUGUUAAGGCUCAUACAUGGUACUCAAAAUAUACCUAUGCAGAUGGUAAAUGCAGUCAAACUUGUGCAGUCUAUUCCUGUUAUUUCACAAACUAUUAAACCAGGGAAUGUCAUAGCUGAAUUUUACAGACAUAUGACUAAAGAUGAUAGUUUCUGUCAGGAAAACAAAGAUUUGUCUAGGAUUAAACUAUAUGGAGCAUCUAGUGAACGUCUAUUGGACACAGUUCACCUCUCUGCAUUGCAAAUACAUGCUGGUCACUGCAUCAAUUCUGGAACAGUAAGCAUCUUUCACAGGGCACAAGUUAAGAGAAAUUAUCUCACAUCAAAACACUAUGGUAAAGGUAAUAGAAGAAACAAUUUUACAGGUUUUUUUUUCAAAUGACGGACAAACAAAGUAUGGACAGAUUGAUUUCUUCUUUACCAUAGCACAAUCAUGUGCCAAAUGGGCCCUCAUUCGUGAAUUUAAACAUGCAGGUUUUUCUUUGCUGCAAGAUAAUGUAACAAAUGGUACAUGCAGUCAUGUUAUUCCCCUAUUGGAAACCUCUGCCAGUACAGUAGUAUCCUUGGAUGACAUAUUGGGUAAAGUUGUUUUCCUUGACUUCACAUCUAUGCCUGGCAUUGUUUUUGCAGUUCAUUUCCCAAACACACUUGAAAAGUUUUAACUAAUUAAGAACUGAACUGGCCUAAGAAGCCACAAAUCAAAUAUUUGAUCAUUGUUAUAAAUGCUCUGAAAAUACACACCGUUGUGAUGUUGCCGUGGAUGCUGUAAAAGUCUGUAAAUAUGUACUGUAUAUGGAGUAUCAUUGUUGAUUACGUUUUAGCAUUGUCUGUAAUA